UUUGUCGGAGUGAUUUGGGAGUUAAUGGCUCUGUGGAAUUAAGGAGAUUGGGACAAACGUUGAUGAUGAAGCUCGAAUUGAGGCUCAGUGGUGCGUCGAGAAUGACGUCAAUGGUGCUGAUGGUCCUGGGGGUGUUGUGGAUAUCGCAGGAUGUCAGAGGUGAAGUGAGUCAACAAUUCUUCCAAGUGAGGCCCGUUAACAAGUCGGUGCAGGAGGGUGGCUCUGUAAUGAUUCCCUGCGUCGUGGCGAAUCGAAUGGGCAUCGUCCAAUGGGCCAAGGAUGGAUUUGCCUUUGUCGUUCAACCUGGGGGCAGCAUUGUCGGCUAUCCAAGGCUGAGGUUAAAGGGUGAUCAGGCAUAUGGGGUUUAUAAUUUAACUAUCACUGAUGCUUCAUUGACUGACGAUGGGGAAUAUCAGUGUCAAGUUGGCCCCUAUGGGAAGAGCAAAGCCAUUCGAGCUAAUGCACAUCUCGUGGUUAUAUCUCCACCCCAAAAAGUAGAAGUGAAUGGUCACCCGAAUCACGGAAAAAUCGAGCUGAACGUCGGUGAAUCGAGGAGUCUGGAGUGCACGGUCAGUUUCGCAAAGCCAGCCGCUACAAUAGUGUGGUACCGUGGAAAUUUUCCGAUCAAAGGUGGCGAUACGAGCGUCACCCCAAUCUCCAUUGAAGACGAUGAAGAAAUACCAAAGCCAGGAGAACCCAAGCGGAAGCUCCAGAAAUACGACACACGAAGUUCGAUGACAAUUGCGCCUACAGUCGAUGAUGAUGGCAUGGAUUAUGCAUGCGAGGCGAGACAUCCUGCCAUUCCCAUUGAUAGACCAAUGCGAGCAACUGUAAAACUCUCAGUAUUUUAUCCACCGGGUGCUCCGUAUAUCGAGGGCUACAACGAGGGUGACGCGAUACGUCGUGGUCAGAAGGUGGAGCUUGUAUGCAGAUCACGUGGUGGUAAUCCACCGGCUCAAGUGGUCUGGUUCAGGAAUGAUGAGGUCAAGAGUAGUGUUUAUCGUACCUACAAUAGCCUCUCCGAGAAUGUCCUCUCAUUUGAGGCUCAGUCAGAGGAUGACAAGGCACGAUACCGUUGUGAGGUAUCAAAUGUCAUGAGUGUCACACCAAUGAAAGUUCACGUUGAUUUAACAGUCCUCUUCCGUCCAGCUGCUGUGACUAUUACGGGACCCACUGAGGCUAAGGCUAAUGAGAGAGUAACUAUUACGUGCAUAACAGACAACUCUAAUCCACCAGCAGAUAUUAAGUGGACUGUUGGUGGAAUGGAAUUCAAUAGUACCAACUCUAACACUAUUCUAGCGCAGAGGGGUGGAUGGAUCACCGCGUCCAAUAUCACGUUCAAUAUCAAUCAGGAUGCUAGGAGUGUUGUUGUUAUUUGUAGUGCUAUGAAUUCAAGACUUGCUGAGUAUACUAUGAAGACUCAUACAAUUAAUGUCAUUUAUCCACCCGCAAGACUGACUAUAAGUGGCUACGAGGAGAAUCAUCAGAUAGAUGCUGGUGCAGUACUGAAACUCCUUUGCACAGCAACAGCUGGUAAUCCCCUGGCCACUGUAACUUGGUAUAAAAACGACAAAGAGAUAACGGGCACCAUAAGGGAACGAGAUCACGCAGUAUCAAACGAACUCGAGAUUCUCGUUAAUGCAUCAGACAAUAAUGCACACAUGAGAUGUGACGCUGUUAACUCAGCAACAAUAAUUCCAAUGAGUAAAACAAUUAUUCUGAAGGUGAAUUUUCCACCUGCUCAAGUGAAAAUAACACGUGAACCCAAGGAAUUUCGAGCUGGUGAUACUGGUAGAUUGAUAUGUGAAUCAAGUAGUAGUAAUCCAGCAGCUGAAAUGUCAUGGUGGAAGGCUGGAAUUGCAGUUGAGGGUACAAAAAAUACAUCGAGAAUUGGUUUACACGGAGGCUACGUAUCCACUGUUGAAUUACAGCUCCAAUUGACUGAUAGUAUGAACGGUGAGGUUUACACGUGCGAGGCGAGGAAUUCUAAGAUGCAGAGAUCAACUCACGACGCAACGACACUCAAUAUUCUGUACAAACCCAUAUUUACGUCUAUUGAUUCGACUGAACUCGUCGGUAUGGAGGGUGAACCGUACGUUAUAUCAGUAGCAGCCAAGGCCAAUCCAACGGACAUCAAUUACUCGUGGACGAGGGAUGGACUGCCCUUGAGUCGAGACGGUGCGAGAAUUAAAGCUCGCGAGUCGACGUUGAAUAUGACAAAACUACAUAGGAAUGAUGCUGGAACUUAUAUUUGUCAAGCUUCUAACAAAGAGGGGACGACGUAUUAUCAACUCAAUAUAACAGUUCAAUACGCCGCUGAAAUAAAACGGACAUCAGAAUCAGGAAUUGUGUAUCCUGGCGAUAGAGAGGCUAAAUUAUUCUGUGAAUUGGACGGCAGUCCAAUUGGUGAUGAAUACGUAACGUGGUACAAAGUUGGCUCGACAACGGAAUUGUCGAGUCGUUAUUCAACCUCUUUUAUCAACAAAACUUCGUAUCUACACAUCAGCAAUCCAACUGAAGAGGACGUUGGUGAAUACAGAUGCAACGUUAACAAUGGAAUUGGAAAUGUUACGUCAAAGCCCAUCCUCUUUAUCACUAAUUUUGAACCCCAGAUGACGAAUACAGCGAUAAUGAAGAAAGCCGCUGCUAAUACUGGAUCUGAUGUGAAGCUUUCCUGCAAAGCACGUGGCUCACCGCUACCAAAAUUUGUCUGGUACUUCGAGGAGAAAACACUCAACAUGACGUCGCGCAGAUACGAGAUCUCCAGGAAAGAGAUCUCUAAACUGGAGGUACAAUCAACAUUGACGAUAUACCACGUGAAUCAACGUGAUUACGGUACAUACAACUGUAGGUCUGAAAAUCGUCUCGGCAAAACGUCAGACUCUGUACACCUUGAUGUUACCUCACCCCCGGAUCAACCGAGUGAUCUUCAAGUUUACAAUGUUACGCACGAUAGUGUUACGUUAAUUUGGAAGAGAGGUUUUGACGGAGGCUUACCAACGUCUCAUCGUAUCAGAUGGAGACAGGCUAAUGAUUAUAUCGACAGUUAUUAUUAUCUCGACGUUAAACCUGGUGAUUACACAGCAACGAUAACAGGCCUCAAUUUGGGAACGUACUAUGUCUUCAGUAUAAUGGCGAGGAAUUCUAAAGGCGAAAGUCCGUUUCUCCCGGAUCUCGUUAAAAUUCAGACACUGCGCGAAGCACCACCAACAGAGUUGACCGCCAGCGAGAUUAACACCUCCUACACCAUCGUCAUAAUCAUCGUUGUUUCCGCCUGUGCUUGUCUACUCAUUGCUACGCCCAUACUAUAUGCCACAUUAAAGUCCAAAAAGAAGGCCCACCGCUCUGGGCCGAAUAAUCGUGAGAGACAGCAGGAUGUGAUCCUGGAAAAGAGUGAUAUACCAAUGAAUUAUGUCUAUACUGUAGCAGCAACGUCAGCCAUCUUUUUUAUUAUUAAUCUUUGCAUCCUAUUAUGGUACAUUGUACGAAAACGAAAUAAAGAUCGUAUCAACAAAUCUCAGACAGCCGACAUGUACGCACCAUCUACGGUCAAUGGAGACACAAUGACGGGUGAAUUAAGUUCGGUAUCGGAUGAGAAGAGUGACGUUAAUUUCGACGCUAAUGAUUACGUGGACGAGGGGAGGAAGACAGCAGCCAGUACAUAUUUAAUAGAUCAGAGUAUCCAAGAAUUUGGUAAAAGUAGCCUUGAAAUGCAGGUACAUCAUCAAGGAACACUUGGUAGACGUAGCAAUCACGUGUCCAGUAUUCUACCUAUGGAUUCACCCCCACAACGCACCACAGCCAGUGGUACACUCUCGGUAUCGAAAUCGAGUUACAUCGGGAAUCCCAGUCCGGCACCACCGAGCGACGUAAAUUUCUACAGUGUGGAGAUGGACAGUGGCCGUUAUACCGGAUAUGAAGCAAAUCCAAGCCCUGUACCGGUGAUGAACGAACCCGGUCCAGGUGCCUAUUAUCCGUCCCUAGGAGGUCCAAUACAUGGAAAUCAAUUGCACACAAUCGGUACUGGUACACUGACGAGGAACAGAACAUUGCCAAGACCGGUGCCCCCCCCAGACGUCACUGUUAUGACUGCCGGAGCAAAGUCACCAAUUCCCCCCUCGGUACCCCCCCCGCCAGCUACAUUUGCACGUGCGGGCCCCAUCCCCGUACAUUCCCACGGGCAUCCACUGUCAACUUUUACAUCGACACCUAGUUACUCGGAUAUUGAUGGACAUCUCGUCUGAAACUCGCUCAAUGUCUCGGUUGUGGCUAAUCAUCAAAUGUUGUCACCAGCUACGCCGAG